GUUUAUUUCGUGACGAGCUCUCGAAGUGUUAGCAUCGAGGGGAAAAAAAAGUGAACAGCAAAAAAAAGUCGUCGAAAAUAAAACGUGAAAUAAUUGUGAACUAAAUAAAUUUGGUAAUCCAAUUAAAUCAUCAUGGAAUUGCCUUCGAUGGUGCAGCGUGCUGGCAGUCAGCUUCUAGUGCGGAGUCUGGUCAGCGGAGUCACGGUUUUUAAAACUGGAAUGGAUACCAGUGAGUUAGCAGAAAGUAUUCCAACAGCUACGACACAUCCUCCGCUGGAUGCCCAGCAGUUGGAGCGACAGCUGCAGUUGCUCAACAAUCGAAGCUUUGCGCUCCCAGUGGUGAACACCACCGCCACCACCACUCAAAGCGAGGAGGAGCUGCCACAGUGCAAGAUUAGGCGCAACUAUAGCUGCAAUAGCUGCGCGUUCUUCACGCAGAAUCCGCGCAGUCACCUGUCGCAUUUGCGCGAUGUGCACGGCGAGAAGAUCGUGAUCAACGAGUGCAAAUUGUGUCUCUACGCCUCACGACACUUUCAGAAGCUGGUGCGCCACAUGAAGAUGGUGCAUGGCUGCUCCGAUGUUGAUAGCAGCGGUGCCGCUGGACGACGUCACUGCAAUCGCGAGGCACGCAAGCGACGCCUUGAGGAGAGCAUCGAGAUGCCAGCUUCAAUUGCGCCUGUUGCACCAUCGCUGACACAGCUGAAGAACGAACUGCAGACGCUGGAGCAGCAGCUGCUCAACAAUGUGGAGGCCUUCAGUCGCCAGCAACAGCUGCAGCAGUUGCAGCAAUUGGUUGCACGCAGCGGCAACAUAUUCUCGAUGGCCUUUGAGUUCCAAAUGUGCCUACUACCGCCCACCAUGCCCAGCGAGGAUGUGGAACGUGAUGCCGAGGUGAGCAGCUCCGAUUCCGAUGACUUGUCACUUGCACCUGUUGAGGAAACCAAGGCGCUGGAUCUCUCGGCCAGCAGCAGCAGCAACGCCAAUGAAUAUCAAUGCCAGAAAUGCUCUUAUAGCACACCGAUUCGUGCCAGGUUCAAGAAGCAUGUCAAGUACCAUUCAAUGCCGCUGAUCAAGUGCGGUUCGUGUGAUUUCCAUUCGCCGUACAAAUGGAAUCUGGAGAGGCACACGAGGAAUCAUGGCACCAAUGGCUACUUGAUGUGCAGUGUUUGCGAUUUCAGCACCAACAUUAAGCAAUCUAUGACUAUACACGAGAUGAAUCACCAUGUGACACUGGGACGCUUUGGACAGGAUCAACAGCAACAACAGCAGUCGCCACAAAAGCAGCUCAAGAUCGAAGCCAGUUCCAGUCCGGAGAAGUGGUACGAUUCACCGGAUCUGCCACCCAUUAGCUGCUCCCAUUGCCAUCAGAUUGUGCCGAAUGCCAUGGAGUUGGUCCAGCAUUUGCAGCAAUGCGAGCCAGCACUGCGCAGCAACUCGAAUCUGGGGGGCGACUCGGACAGCAAAGAGGAAGUCAACGAGGAGGAAUAUCGCAACGAGACGAGCUACUACGGCGUCGAAACAGCGCCAGGCUAUGGAGAGGUCACAGAGCCACUGCAGCCCGAGGAUUCAGAUGCACUGAAGAAGGUGUUCAAGUGUCCGCAUUGCACCUUUUGGGCUGCCACCGCAUCGCGUUUUCAUGUGCACAUCGUUGGCCAUUUGAAUCGGAAACCUUUCGAGUGCUCGCUGUGCUCGUAUCGCUCCAAUUGGCGCUGGGACAUCACCAAGCACAUCCGUCUGAAGACAAUGCGCGACAAGUCGCAUGUGCAGGCUCAGGUGCUGAUGAACGAUGAGACGGGCAGACGCAACUAUGCCAAGUACAAUCAGUAUCUCACUUUGAUGAAGGUCAGCGCCGAGCAGGUUGCCGACGCCAAGACAAUGCGUUGCGGCGAGAUGCACUCGAGCAGCUCAGAUCAGCAUAUGCUGGCAUUGCCACAGCCAGAUGAUGAGGAUGAUGCACAAGCAGAUGUGGAUGCUGCACUCGAUCUGCGAGUCGUCAGCAAGCAACAUCAGGAGCAGCAGAUGCCUGAACAGAAUCAGAAGCCACAUAAAUCAAAGAAGAAACAUAGAAAGAGAGAAGCUCAAGCUGAACAGCAGGAUUAGACGUAGAUUAGACAAUUUCUAUAUAUGUAUGUUUUUAUUUGUAAACCAAUUUGCAUUAAUUUAGGAAUUAGAUCUAACAAACAUAGAAUACUAUCAUAAUUAUAAUAUGAGAUUUUAGUUGGCAACAAAGCUAUAAGGCAUUUAUUUAUGUGUAUUUUUACUUGAGACUAUUCUUCGAAAUUGUAAUACCCAAGCAGAGUUUCUAUAUGAUUCCGAUUAA